AUGUUGGAGGGCUUGGUUGCUAAUCUCCUCAAUCGCUUCCUGGGCAUGUAUGUGAAGAACUUUGACCCAAAGCAAUUGAAUGUCGGCAUCUGGUCCGGUGAUGUCAAGCUCCGAAAUCUUGAGCUCCGGCGAGAAGCUCUUGACCAGUUACACUUGCCAAUCAACGUAGUCGAAGGUCGACUAGGGGAGUUGACCUUACAAAUCCCCUGGUCCAAUCUACGAGGCAAACCCGUCAAGGUAAACAUCGAAGAUGUGUUCCUCCUCUCUGCGCCAAAGCAGGAAGAUGACUAUGACCCGGAGGAGGAAGAAAGACGGGCAGUGGCUGUCAAGCUGGAGAAACUGGAGAGCGCCGAGCUAUUGAAGGAACGAAACACCGAGGCUAUGAGUCCAGAGGAGCAGAAGAAGAAUCAGUCUUUCACGCAAAGCUUGGUCACUGCUAUUGUCGACAACCUUCAAGUCAGCAUCAAAAAUGUUCACAUCCGUUAUGAGGAUUCAAUAGCAACGCCAGGCCAUCCCUUUGCGGUCGGGUUCACGCUGAAAGAGAUGAGCGCGGUGAGUACCGACGCAGAUUGGCGGCCAACAUUCAUUCAAUCCACUUCCGGAACGACUCAUAAACUCGCAGUGCUGAAUUCUUUGGCACUGUAUUGGAACAGCGACGCAGAACUGUUCGGUACCGGAAAAGGAGGCCAUGUGGGUGCGGAUGCCCAGCAGCUUGAUAAAGAUGAGAUGAUCAGGCAGUUCAAGGAAGGUAUUGAAGAUACUGGCAGCUCCCAAUAUCUCCUGAAGCCAGUCAGCGGGCGUGCUGGAAUUGAAAUGGACAAGACUGGAAGACUGGAUCGACCCAAGAUAAAAGCUCGCCUUCUAUUUCAGGAGCUCGGUUUUAUCCUUGAUGAAGAUCAGUAUCGUGAUGCUUUGAUGCUUGUGGACCUCAUGCAUUACUUUGUGAGGCAUCACGAAUUCAAGAAGGAUCAGCCUGAUAAGAGUCCUAAGGAAGAUCCUAGAGCAUGGCUGAAAUUUGCGGGAACAGUUGUGCUGAACAAGAUCCACGAUCGCAACCGCAAGUGGACCUGGGAAUACUUCAAAGAGCGCAGAGACAUGAGACUCAGAUAUAUUGAACUUUUCAAGAAAAAGAAGAGGGAGCAAAAGCUAACAGAGCAGGAAACAAAAGACCUGAACGACCUUGAGCACAAAUUGAGCUACGAAGAUCUGCGUUUCUGGAGAUCUCUCGCCCGUAGCCAGCUAAGGAAGGAGGACAUUGGAGUCAAAAAGCCAGCCCAAAAGCAAACCUGGUCUGCUUGGAUUUGGGGCUCCAAACCUGAAGAUAAUCAAGGUGAUGACCAGGCAGGAAUGACUGAGGAACAGCUCAAAGAGCUUUAUAAGGCCAUCGACUGGGAUGAGAAGAAAGCGAUUGCGGACAGCGUGGACUUGCCACGGGAAACCAUCAAGUUGCAAGUGGAAUCAAGCCUGAGGACAGGGAGCUUCACUCUGAAACGGGACCCUCACGGUAAAGCAAAUGAAAUCCUUCAACUCGUCUUCGACAAUUUCAGCGCAAAAGCGCUUCAACGUCCCGACUCCAUGAUGGCCGAACUUGCUCUUGGCGGGUUUCGCGUGUAUGACGGGACGACUGAGGGCACUCUAUUCCCUCAAAUCGUCAAAGUCAAGGGCGUAGAGGAUCAGCCGAAAGACGAGCCGGUAGAAGCGCAGGCAGAAGAGGGUGGAUUGGACAACAACAGUGAUGCCGGUCCAGAACCCUCAGAAAUUCCAGGCGCUGAUAGUAGCCUGUUCCAUUUUGUUUUUGAGAACAACCCUUUGGACGAAAGCGCAGACACGAAAGUGAUGCUGAAGGUGAAGAGCCUCGAAUUCAUCCACAACCCAAGGUUUGUGGUCGAGAUAGCCAAAUUCUUCAAACCACCGGAACGCCAGAUGGAAUCGAUUGGCGCUUUGAUGGAAACAGCUGGCGCCACUGUCGAAGAAAUCCGCCAACAGACUAGAGCCAGUCUCGAGUUCGCUUUAGAAGAACACAAGACCAUCAACGCCAAUCUGGACAUCCAGGCUCCCAUCUUUAUCAUUCCGGAGAGCAUCACCGAGGAGAGUACACUCUGCAUGAUACUGGAUGCAGGUCACGUGAGUCUCAACAGCGAGCUGGUGGACAAGGAGACGAUGCAGGAAAUACACGCCAAACAAAGACAGCAAUAUACGGAGGAAGACUUCAAACAUCUCGAGAGGCUGAUGUACGACAAAUUUCACCUCAAGCUCGACUCAACACAAGUCCUCAUUGGGCCAGGGAUUCAAGCAACGAGAGCACAACUAGAGAAUCCCGACCCCUCCAAGAGCCUGCACAUCAUUGACCGCAUAAACAUGGCCUUCUUGCUCGAGAAUUCGAUUGUUCCCAAGGCUCCUGACAUUACGAAGAUUCGUGUCUCUGGCACGAUGCCUGUUCUUCAUGCGUCAAUCUCAGAUAAGAAAUACAAAAACCUCAUGAGACUGCUGGACGUGGCCGUUCCCAAAUUCGAAGAUGACAGCUCAAGGGCAAAUGGCCGGGCUGAUGAACCGGAAACACGCAAAUCUGUCGAAGAUCCCAAAGUCAAGAGAAAAUCCGUCCAACUACUUGAGAUGAGAAAUAUACCGAUCAUUGACCCCGAGUCUGAUUCCGAGGAGGCGCCGUCUAAGCAAGUUAUUAAGUCCGAGACGCCCGCCAACAUCCAUCAACGCAACUUUGAAAUCAAUUUUACGGUGGAGAAACUGCAGGCGUCCUUGUACAAGGCCGAUCCCGACGGACAGAAACCAGAUCAGCUGUUGGUUGAGCUGGUUGCGGAACAUUUCUUUUUCAAUUUUUACCUUCGUCCUUACGAUAUGGUGGCAGAGGUUCUUCUGAAGUCUUUGACCGUCGAUGAUCAUAUUGAACAAGCCCCCUUGCCGGAAUUCAAGCAGAUUAUUUCCUCCAAGGGUUUCAAGGCGGAGGAGGAUAAGGAUUUGUUCAAUGUCAAAUUCGUCAAGGUGAACCCGGAGUCCCCUGAGUUCAAAUCUACCUAUGAGGGUAUUGUGACCAAUCUAGAUGUCUCUGUCUCCACAAUCAAUGUUAUUGUGACGAGAAGAACCCUCUUGACGCUUCUCGAUUUUGUGCUCACGACAUUCGCUGCACCCGCUUCGCAACAAGCUGGCGCCAUUGAAGGAGAGGGAAAGGCCACUGCACAGGAAGACUCGGUCGAUAGUCUCCCACAAGCCCCACCGCAGGCUGAUAAGAUCAGAAUCAAGGCCAAAUUGACUAGUAUCGCGCUGAUCCUAAACAACGAUGGCGUGAGACUGGCAACAUUGUCUCUGAACUCCGGUGAUGUUGGAGUUUUCCUGGACGCAGGCACCAUGCAAGUCAAAGCAAGACUCGGAAGUCUGUCUUUGGUGGAUGAUAUAAACCAAGGAGCGCCUGAAGACUCGCCCUUACGCCGGCUCAUUGCGAUAGAGGGGGACGACUUGGCCGACUUCAAGUACCAGACAUUCGAUUCAUCUCGGAAGGACUACCCUGGCUAUGACUCUGGGAUCUACCUGCGUUCUGGUUCUAUCAAAGUCAAUUUCCUCGAAGAACCUUUCCGGAAGAUCAUGGAGUUCGGAGUGAAGUUCGGUAAAAUGCAAGCUAUCUUCAACGCGGCAAGACAAGCUGCGGCAGAGCAAGCCAGUCAGGUCCAGCAGAGUGCUCAGAAAAUGCACUUUGACGUGUUGAUCAAAACCCCGAUCGUUGUCUUUCCCAGAGCCAUGGUUGAUGAUCGUCCUCGGGAUCUCCUGACGGCUUACCUGGGUGAAAUAUACGCCAAGAACAAAUUCGUUGGCAUCCAAGGACAACAGGGCGGACCUCUGGUUAACAAGCUGACGGCAGGUAUCCGACAUAUCCGUCUGACGACGGAGUUUCACUACGAGGAUGGGAGGUCAGAAGAGCUGAAAAUGAUUGAUGAGGUGGACGUCGACUUCAGAAUUCGAUACCUAGAACACCAGCCUGGUCUAGAGAGGCCAGAUCUGGAGGUCGACGGCAGCCUGUCGCCUAUCAAUCUCCGAGUCUCUCAGACUCAAUUCAAAUUUUUGAUGGAGUUGUCCAAAACUAUCCCUGCGGCUUUUGCCACAGAGGAUGAAUCGGAAGAGGAGAUUGCCGAGGAAUUGCCUGAAACAACGUCUGAAUCUGCUGCGACACCAAGGUCGGAAAAGCGCCCGUCGCAAGAAGUGUCACAUCCAUCUUUUCAAGGUCCAGAGCUCGGCUCAAGCGAUAAAGUCUGGACAAAAGUGAACAUUGUAUUCAAGGCCCCCAUGGUAGGACUCGAACUUAUCCUCGCUUCAGAAGAUCAACCAUUGGACAAUUUCGAGGCUGCCAGCAUCUCGAAGUUCUCACUGAACGAAACGAAUGUCAAGCUGCGGAUGCUGAGUGAUGGCGCUUUGGAAGCAGAACUUCUCAUCCAUUCGUUCUCCAUUCGCGAUAGUCGUUCCAAGGAGACCAACAAAUUCCGAAAGAUUAUGUCGCUGAUCAAUAGCGACGUCCAGCAGCAGUUCAUGGCUAGCGCGUCGAUUUCCGGCGGCGACGAUAGGCACAUGAUUGUCAUGUUGACCAUUGACAGUCCGCGCAUCAUCGUUGCUUUGGACUAUCUUUUUGCCCUCAAGGCCUUUGCUGACACUGCACUGCAAUCAGACGAGCCUCCACAAAUCGCGGAGGUGGAGGAAUUGUCCGAUGAUGCUGAGCAGAGUACCUCUAACGAGGAAGAACAGAGGAGUAUCACUCCUCUACCAGAAGAGUCGAAAACUGAUUCUCCAAUGAGCGUCUCAUUCCGUGUCAACAUAGUGGAUGCCCAGGUCAUCUUGAUCGCCAACCCAACUAUCUCGAACACCGAAGCUAUUGUCUUGGGGACCAAGGAAAUCCUGGUAUCUCAGCAAAAUGCGACGACAUUGCAGAUAACAAGGGUUGGAAUGUUUCUUUGUCGCAUGGACAAAUUUGAAACAAGCCGUUUGAGGAUCCUUGACGAUUUCAGUAUUCAAAUGUCGAUGGACAGGCGUACCAUUGGCAGAGAUUCCUCUCUGACAUCCAUCCACAUCGACGUUGAACCGCUCGUGCUCCGGUUGUCUUUGCGUGACAUUCUACUCGUCAUGCAGAUUAUCAGCAAAGCAUCAUCUACAAUGCCGCAGCCGAAGAUGCAGGAAGAUUCGGAACCACGGAAACUGAAGGAAGUCAAAGGGUCUUCCAAGGCGCCAUCCACCAGGCGGAAAUCAACGGCAGGCAGGACGACUAUGACAGCGAAGAAAACCCAGAGAUCAAAAUCGAUAUCGAAGCUUGAGGCAAAGCACUCCCCGAAAAGAAAGUCAGUGGUCAUGAGCAGGGAAGAACUGGUCGCUCAAUUUGGCGGAAUACGAGUAGUGUUGAUUGGCGAUUUGCAUGAACUUCCACUGCUUGACUGGAGUGUGAAAAAGUUUGACGUCGAUGUCCGCGACUGGUCUGGUGCCAUGACGGCCGACGUAAAAUUUGACACUUUCAUCAAUGUAUACAACUUCUCUAAGUCGGCAUGGGAGCCUCUUAUCGAACCAUGGAAGCUGGGCUUUCACGUGUCAAAGCAGCUUCAUCCUGAAGUGAUGUCUGUCGAGCUUUAUUCUCAUAAGACAAUGGAGCUCACGAUAACAUCAGCAACAGUCGCCCUAGCUUCCAAGUCCUUCAACUUUCUCUCUACAGAUGAGGAUAUCCUGUCCAAACCACGUGUUGCGGACGCACCAUAUCGCAUCCGCAAUUAUACAGGCUUUGAUCUCAGCGUAUGGGCAGACGAGAGAAGUGACACUGCGGCCGCUGCCAAGCUAAGUGAUGGAGAAGAGUAUCCAUGGCGCUUCGAAGACGCAACAUCAAUGCGAGAAAGCCUCUCACCCGAAGGUAAUGCCGGUCUUGUAGGUGUUAAACUGGAAGGGAGCGGUUUCGAUAGCAUCAGCCGCAUACCUGUGAUCCGCGAAGGUGAAACGCUCUACAACCUGAAACCCAAAAAGGAGAAUGUCCAGCACCGAAUGCUCGUGGAAGUGAGAUUGGGAGCUGACAAUGUCAAAUACAUCACCUUCCGCUCACCACUGCUUGUUGAAAACAAAACCCAGAUACCGAUUGAAGUCGGAGUCUAUUCUCCUAAUGACGGCAAUCUUCUCAAGAUCGAGAAGAUACCUCCUGGUGAAGGGAAGCCUGCUCCGGUUGGCGCGGCCUAUGUCCACUCUCUCCUGGUCCGUCCAGACCAAGGGUUUGGUUAUGGAUGGUCCAACGAACAACUUGUCUGGAGAGAUCUCCUCAAAAGAUCUACAAGGACGAUAACAUGCGAAUCAGAGAGCAGAGAUGGGUCACCUCCAUUUUUCUUCCAGAUGCACGCGUCAUAUGACCCUAGAGAUCCCAUAACAAAGAAUUAUCCCUACAUGAGGAUCCAGAUAUCCGCCCCCGUCGAAGUACAGAAUCUUCUUCCUUACGACUUCAAAUACAGGAUCUAUGACAGGAACACGAAGAAAGACUGGACCAACUUCUUGCGCAAGGGAGGCGUGAGUCCGGUCCACGUGGUUGAGCUUUCGCACCUGCUUCUCCUCAGUGUUGAUAUUGAAGACAGCCCCUUCAAACAAAGCGAUUUUGCGAUAAUCAACAACGAUACUCAAGAAGACUUCCGCCGUGAGAAAUCAGUUUUGUUGAAAGAUGAGAAUGGUGCACAACUCAGGCUCAAGCUUCAAUAUACCAACAUCAAGAAUAGUGGAGGUGCUUUUAGGGUCUCGAUUUAUAGCCCAUAUGUCCUCUUGAACAAAACUGGGCUUGACAUGAGCGUGCAGAGCAAGGCAUUCUUCGGGUCAUCGCGCGCCGUGUCAUCCCAGGGCACGAGAACAAGCUCAGGUAAAGGCAAGGCUCUUCCAAUGUUGUAUUCCUAUGCCACCGAUGACCGCAAAAAUCGGUCUCUGCUCAAGAUUGGUGACUCCAGCUGGAGCAAGCCACAGAGUUUUGACGCUAUUGGAAGUGCUUAUGAGGUUGUCUUGCCCGCCUCAACCGGGAAAUCCGAGCUGCAUGUUGGCGUUUCUGUCGCUGAGGGAGAGGGCAAGUACAACCUGACUAAGGUGGUGACUGUGGCGCCUCGCUUUGUGCUCAAGAACAAGAUAGGAGAGGACCUGGAAUUGCGCGAGCCUGGAUCUUCUGAGGUUUGGAAGAUGAAGCACAACGACCUCCUUCCCAUCUAUUUUAUGCGCCAGACACCAGAGAAACAACUUUGCCUGUGCUUUCCUGGAGUGAACAACCAGUGGUCAGCACCUUUCAACCUUUCAAACGUCGGCAUGACCCACGUCAAACUCGCUAAACACGGCCAGAGACAGACGCUUGUUCGAGUCGAGAUCAUUCUCGAAGAUGCAACCUUAUUCCUGCACUUCAGUAUUGAGACGAAACAUUGGCCCUUCUCGAUGCGUAAUGAAAGUGACACCGAGUUUUUGUUUUUCCAGGCCAAUCCAAACAUUGCAGAAGAUGAAGAAGAAGACCAAGGCAGCGGCUGGAAGCCUAUUCGGUACAAACUUCCACCGCGAAGCAUCAUGCCGUACGCCUGGGAUUACCCUGCCUCUAAGAACAAGGAACUUGUCCUUACAGCCCGGGGCAGAGAGAGAUAUGUGAAGCUGGUGGAAAUAGGCAACUUGAUACCUAUCAAGCUGCCACCCGAUCAACCCGGUAGUCCUCCAAAAGUCAUCGACGUCAACAUUGUUGCGGACGGCCCAACGCAAACACUCGUUCUUUCCAACUAUAAGCCAUCAAAGUCAUUGUAUAAGCAAAGGACCGGCCAGAGCACUGCCUCGCAGACCAGCCUCAAUCAGGGAUUCGAGGUCAAGGAGAUCGAGUCCGAGAUCAAUUUCAAGGCUGAACUUCGAUUAGCUGGCAUCGGGAUUUCACUCGUCAACAGCAAACUCAAAGAGCUCAUGUAUCUUACUUUCCGAGAGAUCGAGCUCAAGUACGGAGACUCCAGGCUGUAUCAAACACUGAAUGCCACCGUCAAAUGGAUCCAGAUUGACAAUCAACUCUACGGCGGCAUUUUCCCAAUUUUGCUCUACCCAAGUGUGGUCCCCAAGACCGGCAGAGAAAUGGAGGCACAUCCUAUCUUCCAUACGAUGAUUACUCGGGUCAAAGAUGAUUCCUAUGGCGUCCUAUACAUAAAGUAUGCCACAUUACUUUUGCAACAGAUCACUAUCGAACUCGACGAGGACUUUAUAUUUGCUAUGCUUGACUUCUUGAAGGUCCCUGGCGCAUCAUGGGCCGAGGAAAAGGAGGGCAGGCUAUGCGAUGAGGAUCUAGAUGUGCCAGAGCCUACUCGAGAAGAACAAGGACAAGACGUUUACUUCGAGCUACUUCAUCUACAGCCAAUUCAGUUGGAUUUGUCCUUCGUGAGGACGGAGCGUGUCAAUGCCGAAGACACAUUCGUCAACAGUCCGUUGAUGUUCUUCGUGAAUGUCAUGACAAUGUCGAUUGGCAACGUGAACGACGCUCCCAUUAAGCUGAACGCCCUCAUGCUGGAAAAUGCAAGAAUAUCGGUGCCAGCCUUGAUCGCAAACAUUCAAAACCAUUACACUCAAGAGGUACUUCGGCAGGUCCACAUCAUUCUUGGAUCAGCAGACUUCCUGGGCAAUCCUGUUGGUUUAUUCAACAGUGUCAGUUCUGGGGUUGCUGACAUCUUCUACGAACCAUACCAAGGCUUGGUCAUGACGGACAGACCUCAGGAACUUGGGGUCGGCAUCGCAAAGGGCGCAAGUAGCUUUGUCAAGAAAUCCGUCUUUGGAUUUAGUGACAGCAUGGCCAAGUUCACCGGCUCCAUGUCCAAGGGACUUGCAGCGGCAACAAUGGACAAGGAGUUCCAAGACCAAAGGCGAAUGUCGAAAAGUCGGAAUCGUCCCAAGCACGCACUGUACGGGGUCACUGCAGGCGGUAAUGCCUUUGCUUCAAGUCUAGCCAGCGGUAUCGGCGGCCUGGCAAGACAUCCUCUUGAAGGAGCUGAGAAGGAAGGCGCCCUUGGUUUCGUCAAAGGUGUUGGCAAAGGGGUGCUUGGCCUAGCUACAAAGCCUGCAAUUGGUGCCUUCGACCUGGCGUCCAAUGUGGCUGAAGGUGUGCGAAACACCACCACGGUCUUUGAUGCCGAGGGACUCGAUCGAGUUCGGCUCACUCGUUUCAUUGGCAUGGAUGGCAUUGUUCGGCCAUAUUCCCAGCGUGAGGCCCUUGGACAAUUCUGGCUCAAGACCUGCGACGAUGGGAAAUACUUCAACGAGGACUACAUUGCACACUUGGAGCUCGAGGGCCGGGAUAUGAUGGUCAUGGUCACAUAUAACCGCAUUCUCAUGAUCCGGACGAAGAAGCUCCGGAUGGAGUGGGAUGUCAAACUGACGGAUGUGCAAACAAUCAGCAAGGAGAGAACAGGCAUAAGCAUUGGACUCAAGGGAGGAGCGAACGGGCCAUUCAUUCCUGUCACUGACGAAGGCAGCCGGAACUGGCUAUACAAGCAAAUCGCCAUUGCUGUGAAUGCCUUCAAUGACAAAUAUAACGCCAAAGGAUGA